ACCCCUAUCUAAAGCGAAGGGGAUUUCCCCCCGGGCUUUCCCCUGAAUGGGCCUAAGGGGAACUGCCUGGGCUCCUUUCCCUUUUUUGAUGGACAACCUGCGAAAACUGGGGUGGGAGGAGUGGAGGGGCGAGCGUGUGUUCUUAGAUUUCUUUUUUCCUCCGCCGGGUGGACAGAAGUGAUGACCUGGAGCGUUUCCGCUGCAAGUCGUUCUCCCUCCGGUAUUUGCAUUGUGUCUACAGAUAUUUUUGUUUAUUUUGCUUUUGUACCUUCAAAGAGAGGAGUCCGUUUCCCAGGAGUAUUCCUAUUAGUCUCUUGUUAGAGGCGUAGUUGCCUGGCAACACAAAUAGACGCUGUUUACACCUUUGAGUUAACUGGAAAAUGGCAGAAUCAUGUAUCAGCGAAGUUUUGGCCAAAAUAUGUGCAGUUACCCCAUCUGCUGAGAGAAAUUCCUGAAUCUACUUUAAUAACCCCGUUUCCAAAUUUGAAGUAACUCCUUUUCUGUCAUCAGUACUUCAUCUUCCCCAUCCCUGGAAUAUAUUUUCAGGUGUACCCAGUGUCGUCGUCACUGGGGUCCUUAAAAGCAGAAGACGGAGAUAGUGAGUCAGAGGGAGCGUGAGGCUGGAGGAAGAAUCACAGAUGUGCAUCGUCGCUGACUGGAGAUGGACUAAGGGAGCCAUAAAGCAAGCAGUGCAAGUGGCUUUUAGAAGCUGGAAAAGCCAAGGAAAUUGAGCCCCGCGACAGCCUCCAGACGGGAACCGAGCCCACCUUCAUUUUAGCCUACGAGUCCCACAUCAGACUGCAGCAGACCUGUGAGAUGAGAAACCUGAUGUGCAGGAAGUAUCGUUGUCUGCCAGUUAACCAGAGGAUCAAGCAGAGUAUGGCACCCUGGCUGACCAAACCCAUCUCACUGACAUUUAUUGACUGCCUUCCCCCUGGUGGACAGCUUGCACACACUGCUUUCAUUGCCUAUAAAUGUAUUAUAACCUCGAUACAUUACUUCCGUGGUUACAGUGUUUUAAAGGAGAUGUUUCACAAAGCGGAAGAAUUCUUAUCCAAGACGACAGACAGCGAGGUGGAUGAGAUGGACACGUCAGACACACAGUGGGGCUGGUUUUACUUGGCGGAGUGCGGCAAGUGGCACAUGUUUCAGCCGGACACCAACAUUCAGUGUUCAGUUAGCAGUGAAGAUAUCGAAAAAAGCUUCAAAGCAAACCCUUGUGGCUCCAUUUCUUUUACCACGUCCAAAUUCAGCUACAAGAUAGACUUUGCAGAAAUGAAGCAGAUGAACCUCACCACGGGAAAGCAGCGCUUAAUAAAAAGAGCCCCCUUUUCCAUCAGUGCUUUCAGUUACAUCUGUGAAAACGAGGCCAUCCCCAUGCCACAGCACUGGGAGAAUGUGAACACCGAGCUGCCCUACCAGCUUAUUCCUCUGCACCCUCAGACACACGAAUACAAUGAAGUCGCUAGUCUCUUUGGGAAAACAAUGGACCGCAACAGAAUUAAAAGGAUUCAGAGAAUUCAAAACCUAGACUUGUGGGAGUUCUUCUGCAGGAAAAAGGCUCAACUCAAGAAAAAGAGAGGCGUGCCUCAGAUUAAUGAACAAAUGCUGUUCCAUGGCACCAGCAGUGAGUUCGUGGAGGCAAUUUGCAUUCAUAACUUUGACUGGAGAAUCAAUGGCAUCCACGGUGCUGUCUUUGGAAAAGGAACCUAUUUUGCUCGAGACGCUGCUUACUCCAGCCGCUUCUGCCAAGAUGACGUAAAGCACGGCAACACAUUCCAGAUCCACGGGGUCAGCCUGCAACAGCGGCAUCUGUUCCGAGCACACAAAUCCAUGUUUCUCGCCCGAGUGCUGAUUGGAGACUACAUAAACGGAGACUCCAGAUACAUGCGCCCUCCCUCCAAAGACGGCAGCUAUGUAAACUUGUAUGACAGCUGCGUGGAUGACACCUGGAAUCCCAGGGUCUUUGUGGUGUUCGACGCCAACCAGAUCUACCCCGAGUACCUAAUAGACUUUCACUGAUUUCACAUCCAAGUCUCCGUGGCUGAGGGAGCUAUAUUCUUUUUCGCAGGGAAGUCUGCUCACUGAUCAUCUAGCCCCUCAGUGUUAGUGCUCUGAUCCUUUUGAAGCAGAAAGAGGCCUCUCUAUAAAAAGACAUACUGACUCUAUGGUUGGUUUGUUGUCCUGUUUCCGUUUGUCACUGAUGUUCUGUUAAAGCGCAAUAUCAUUGCUAUUUAAGGGCGGUGCUCAGAAUGGAAUCGUCUGAGUCACUCCAUCUUUAAAGUUUACAUGUGUGUCUUCAGGGUGAAUGUUUUCAGUUCAAGUAGACUUAUUCCUAUAUGUGAUCAAAAAAUAAAAAUGUAGACAUAAAAGUG